CACCCGCGGAGGCAGACAUGAGGCGGUGCUGUGGACGCGGCGGACGGGAGAGAGCUGCCAAACUCAAACGGGGAAACGGACCUCUCAUUUGGAACACCUCUUCGCUGCGGUGGACUUCAACCCGGGAGGAAACUCUCCUCCGCUCAAGCCCGACACCACUCCGGGUGAAUGAAGGGCUCCGUCCAUGCGGAGGCUAGCGCUGGUUCUUCUGCCCUGUGCUGUCGCCGUGCUGGUGCACUUGUGGUUCGCUCACCGACGGUCCUACACCCCGCUGGACGACGACACAUUCACGGAUGGGGUGGUACCAUUCUAUGACGUUCUGGUGGGAGUUCUAUCUGCCAGACAUCACCAAGAGCUGCGACAAGCUAUAAGGGACACCUGGCUAGGCUACCUGCGACAUCACCCUCACUUCCAGCACAGAGUGGGGGUGAAGUUUAUCGUGGGCAAACAUGGGUGUCCCAUCCCAGAGGAGGACAGAGAAGACCCUUAUUCCUGCUCUCUAUUCAACAUCACAGAGCCAGUAAUAGGGCAGGACGUGGAAAAAGAAAUGGUGAUGGUGUCCGACCCCGCCAUCCUCGUCUCAUCUGAUGUUUCUACUGUUGCGCUGGAUUUUAAGGUUCUCCACCCGGUGGUGAUCACCCGGUUGGGGGUGUUUCCCCGAUGCACUCAGCCUGAGCUUCAGAGCAACGUGACAGUGAAGCUCCUCCAACUGGAUCAGGAGGAGUCUGUGAUAACCGCUCGCUUCAGCACCAUCAACACAGGGACCCUCAUGAACGGAAUAUGGUACAAACCAGUGGAGCAGUUCAUCUUGCCCAAGGGUUUUGAGGGCACACUGGUGUGGGAGAGUUCGGACUCGGACGGACUGACAGUCAACUCCUCUUGUGUGCAACUCAAUGAUGGCGGAGGCGUCCUAAAGUUCUCCUCUAUUGCAGAAGGCAUACUGCCCCACAGAAGCGCUCUUGGAUUUCCUGGUUUGGCUGGAGGAUUCACCUUCACCAUUUACGACGGGGACAAUCUGUCAGAGCUCCUGCGGGGUCGUCCAGCCAGGAUGGCGCGCCAUGCCUCGGGGCUGAGGCAGGAGGAUGCUGCCUUGCAGCAGGAGAGCCUGAGGCACAGUGACUUGGUGUUUGUGGACGUGGUGGACACCUACAGGAACGUGCCUUCCAAACUGCUUCAGUUCUAUAAAUGGUCUGUGGGCAAUGCUGACUUUAAUCUGCUCUUGAAGACUGACGAUGAUUGUUACAUUGACAUGGACUCAGUAUUAAUGAAGAUUGACCAAAAGGGUCUCAAGCGCAGCCAUUUUUGGUGGGGAAAUUUCAGGCAGAGCUGGGCAGUGGAUCGCAUUGGGAAGUGGCAGGAGCUGGAGUACGCUAGUCCCGCCUACCCGGCCUUUGCAUGUGGCUCUGGCUAUGUGGUGUCCCAUGACCUGGUUCAGUGGCUUGCCAGUAACGCAGAGAGUCUAAAGGCCUACCAGGGAGAAGACGUAAGCAUGGGCAUAUGGAUGGCAGCUGUUGGACCACAGAAGUAUCAGAAUGUUCCGCACUGCUGUCAAUCAUCUCCACCCCACCCUCAUCCGUCCAUCCAUGUGUGGUGCUCUCAGGGAGAAGGAGGAGAAAAUAAUUUAUUCAUGACACCCGGCAAGCAAAAGCAGCAUUUUUGACUGUUUAUGACUCGCAGGAAUGAGAAGAUAAUAUUAGACACACAAUCGUUACACUUUCAUUCCCACUCAGAGGAUCCUCUCCAUGCUGUCUGCAGCAGUUGCAGAUGAAAUAGUCCAGUGGUUCUCAAACUUUUUUUCCCCAAGUACCGCCUUUUAUUGAUUGAUUGAUUGAUUGAUUGAUUGUGACUUUUAUUAGUAGAUUGCACAGUACAGUACAUAUACCUUACAAUAGACCACUAAGUGGUAAUACCAAAUACGUUUUUUAACUUGUUUAAGUUGGGGUCCACGUUAAUCAAUUCAUUGUACAAAUAUAUACUAUCAGCAUAAUACAGUCAUCACACAAGUUAAUCAUCAGAGUAUAUACUUUGAAUUAUUUACAUUAUUUACAAUCGGAGGGUGGGAUGUGGAGUAGGUGGGGGUGGUUAGGUUUGGUUGAAAGUUGGUGAAAGACUAGCGUGUAGUUUAAUUCUAUUUUUGAAAAACAUCUAUACAUACCAUAAACCUUCAUAUCUGUAUUCUCAGAUGUUGCUUGCCAGUGACAGUCACAACUACGGUGCCAGGCUAGCCCUAAGAGGUGCUCUCACCCGUCUUAAACCCAAAGGUGAUGUUUUGAAAAAGACUGUAAUGUAUCGGGCAAUCACUUACUGGAAUCGACUUCCACAAUAUCUGCUAUCAAUCACCAGCAUAGUGGGCUUUAAGAAUAGACUAAAAGGAGAAGUAUUGCGUAAAGAGAUUAUUCUAGAUUGUACCUAAUGUCAUGACUGUUUUUAUUGACUAUUGAGUAUUUUAUUGAUUAUGGGAUAAGCAUCAGGAAAUGGAUGGAUGAUACCUUUUCGUCACUUAUUGUUUGUCUUUGGUACACUAAUGUGUAUAUUUUAGGCCAUUGGUUCUUUGUUUUAUUUUUGCAAAAAUGUAUACAGUAUAUCUAUUUUUAUAUUGCUAUUUUUAUCUUUGGUAUGAAAAUUAUUAUGCAACAAAAGUUAUUAGUAUUUUUUGGUUCUUUGUUGUUGCUAUUUUUGUAUUAUGACAAUUUAUUAUUGGAUCAUGUUGUACUGCAUUUUAAUCUUUUGUUUUGUGGUUGUGUGAUGUUUUUUGCCUGGACCCCAGGAAGAAUAGUCUCCACUGCGGUGUAGACUAAUGGGGAUCCUUAAUAAACUAAACUAAACUAA